GAUAGCAGACAGAAUUGCCACGCACUGUUGAGUGCGAAACGCAUUAAGGUGCUCUUGGAAAAAGUUGAGGAAUUUUUCGUUAAAACAUAGAAACUACGUUUCGUUAAAACGUAGAGUGUUAAAGGAACAAUUGACACAGAGAUAGAAGAUUUUCUGUUGAACGAAAUACAUCGUUGUAAAAUAGUUUGCGCUGAAAUUCGAGGGUGCCGUGAUUGUCAGGUUAUGUUGUACACGUCUCGUGCUUUGACAGAUACGCUUCUAGCUGUUGAAAGGGGUGCAGAAUAAAACGUUUCGUGCUCCUUUAAAGUCGAUUAUUCUUUAUUCGUUACCAUAUUCCGUUUGUUUGUUAUUCAACAGGAACAAAAAUCUGGUGACUCUUUAACUACGGCGAGUUGCUGGCUUGGUUAUCGUCUGCAGAGUUUGUGUUGUUUCCUUCGUAUCUAAGGAAACUGGUGCUUUACAUUUCGACCAAUAAUCUUUCACACGAUGCGCGUAAAGACGUGACACUUCGAAUAGAAACUUUGUCGCUUCGUUUAAUACGGAGAAUUCGAUUUCUACAGCCAAGGAGAUUGUACCCUUGACGUGUAGUUUCUUCUUACUUCUGAAUGUACACAUAAGUCAAGCUUAUACUUAGGGUUCAAUAAGGUGCAUAAACAGUAUUUGUUCACAAAGAAUUUUAUUGGUAGAAACACGAUGCUUUAUUAUGCUGGUUUCAAUACCAGUACAUUGUUUUCAAACAGCGAAGGAGUAAUUUUUGCUGUAGAUUCGUUUACAGAAAUUCCAUUUCCUGGAAUUACAGAGUUCCAAGUAGGUUGGAGUUAUUUUCUCCUUUGGAGGGAGAGGGAAUUAUAUAUUUGUAAGAAGGCUCAAGAAAAUAUUACAGAUGAUAAUAUCAUAUUGAUACAAAUACCAGAGAAACCGUUAGACAGUUGUCGACAAGCUGCAGUUGGCAAAGACAGUAUAGUAAUCGUAUCGAUAGACAAUGAAAUGUGGAGAUAUAAGAUUUAUGAAAACUCUUGGAAUAAGGUGACCAACUUUAUUCCAAGCAACGAUGAUUUGAAAGAUGAAUAUCCAGUGAAAGUUUUACAAGGAGGGUGUACGGUAGUUCUCACCAAUUUAGGUCGUGCGUUUAACGUUCCAAUAUUGGUUGAUAUGCCAAAGAGGGUAAAGUUUGUAGACGUCGCUUGCGGAUUCGAUCACGCUAUCUUACUGGCGGAAAAUGGUGACGUUUAUUCAAUGGGAAUGGGAACGCGCGGUCAGCUAGGACACAAUGAUUUGGAGGACUGUGACGAUCCAAGGAUUAUCGAGGCUUUAGCUGGUCUCAAAGUCGUUCAUAUUUCCGCCAUGGGUUGGCACAGUGCGGUGGUUACGGAUCAGGGUGACCUUUACACGUGGGGAUGGAAUACGAAUGGAGAGUUAGGGUUACCUGGCCAAGCCAGCAAAGUAGUGGCUGUGCCCACGGUGGUAGAUUUUACGAACGAUCGAAAUGAGAACGUAGAGAUGUCCGUGAAAAAAGUCGAAUGUGGAAAUACAUUCACCGUCUGCAUGAUGGAUGACGGAACGCUUUGGGGUUGCGGAUCUAAUAAGUACGGGCAGUUAGGACAACCUCGAGAGGCACUACCGAACUCCCCAAAGUUUGUCAAACUCGAAGUGCCUGCAAAUAUUAAAGACUUCAAGUGUCGCGACUGGGGAACCACGCUCGUAACGGAUUGAGCUUGUAAUCUUUCACGGAUAAUAAUUUCUCAACAAAAAAAAAUAAAAAAAAAAUAAAAA